AUGACGAUACCUCAUUCUCCCAGAAUCUUGACCCGCGAGGAGAGUCUUUUUUUAUUUCAUCACGUAUUUCUCCCUCCAAAACUUCCUCAAUCGGACGAUUACGAGCCCGAGCAUGAACAACUUCUUCUUGAGCACGUCAUCGGAGCUCUUCGUGAUUUCAGUCGUCUUUCCGCGAACAAGAGCGCUGAUACUCUUGACGCCAUCACUACGAUGACUCUUCGCCUGAAGAGCAUUUGCGGACUUCACGGCGAUGCGACCGAAAAUGAGCUUUUCGAUGCAUUUGGAAGCCUGGAUGAGAAGGGUGGCUUCCUGCCUGUCCAUAUCCGCGAGCAGAAUGCAGGAAUACUCUUCAGUCGGUACAAAGAUGCGGUACAUGUGGAGACCUUCGAACUAUCUCCUCGCAAUGAGCCCGUGAUAACAACCAUGGGUCGUCUCAUACGAACCUUCCCUGGCCCAGCGAUUGCUAUGGAUCUGGAUACUUUCAAUGAGCCUGGUCUGCAGAAAACACUUGCCGAGACUCUUGCAAGAAUGAGCCAUCAAUCAGUUCCCGGUACCAAGCCAAUAGUCACAAAGGCUAAGCAGACGCAUGACGAAGAUAGAGACACUACGCAUCCUAAAAUGGUGACGGAGUUCCUCAUGGCAGCUCUGCAUCCUCGUUGCUCUGGCAUUGACACAUUGCAAAUCCAAAAAAAGACCCGUGAAGAGGUGAUGUGGCAUGACAGCCGAUCCCCUUGGCGGAGGUCAGCUUUGUGGCUGUUCAUCCGAGUGAGCCUUCAACUGGUCUUUCGAAGGCUAUCUGGGGAAGAAUGGACCAACAGAUUAUACAAACAAUUCAUGGUCUAUUUCAUGGGCUCCCUCCUUCAAGCAUCAUUGAAGACAAUGUCUAGCGAGGAAAUCUAUCUAAUGAAUGCUAAGAUAGCGCGCCGACUGCUAAAGCUCGAGCUGCCGGAAGAGCCAGGCUGGUUCCCAUCAAUUCAGCGGAUUUUGAGCCAAGCAACACACACGGUCGAAAAUCGGUGGACUGAUAUCAUGGAUAAGAACCAGUGCAACCAUGACAUGUUGUCAUUGGCGGAUUUGGAUUUUAAUCUGGAUGCCCACUGCGCAUUCCCCAAACUUGACCAAUAUAUCGAAGGAUUUAGGAAUCGAGAAUCUAGCCGCUCUACUGCGAUCGCUUUCCAACCACAACCGCAGCUUCUCAAAUACCCAUCGUCGAAUUUGCCCACGAGCCCCGAUUCCAGCGGUAGUGAUAAUCAAGCCUACAACCUUGCUGCCUUUGAAGAAUGGGUUGCGUUGCACCUUGAUGCGUGGAUGGAACAUCACGAGCGGGAGCAACUUACCUGCCGUCAACUCGGCCGCUUGAUAACUGAUUAUUAUCAUGCCGCAUCGUUACUCUACAAGAGCAAUCCAGAGGCUUCAUCUGUCAUGUUCCUUACACUUCUGGAGCUGUGGAUUGCUUGCGAUAAAUCUGCAAUUCUCGCACACGAGAUGUUGAGCGAAUACGACCCAUGCGUCCCGGUUGAUUGUUUUCAGCCCCUUUUGCUGCCAUUCAAGUCACAAAUGCUCAGAUUAGCUCAGGGGGAGGCGUAUCUCCGGCAACGCCAGACAGCUGUUCAAAGUCGAGGGCCGGGUAUAUUUCGUGAUUUCGGGAAGCCGACAUGCUUCUCGGUCAGAUACUUUGACAAGUCAGAGGAGCAUCGGCAUCUGUACGAAAGAAUCAAAGAGCACGCCGACCGUGAGAGAGCGCAGAAGAUGAGCGAGCUCCAGGAGAAGCAGAAAAGGUAUCGCCACCUGAAGGAUCUAGAACGGAAGACUGAGUGUCAAUACAAUGAAGUCAUCGUGGAUCAUCAGUUCGGAUUCCGAGAAUCUCGACAUAGUCAUUCAUGUGCACGGUGCUCAUAUAAAACUCAAGCCGAGUCCAUCAAAAUAGGCAUUCACGAAUGGCCUUUGUCGGCCAACCAUCUGAAAGCUAAAUCCACGGUCUUUGAGCUAAAACUUGUUGAACCCUUCCAAAGUUGGCGAGAUACAACGCUCUUUUUCCUAUUGGACGUUUUGGGUAUUGAGUAUACUACUCAGCAGCGCCCCAGAGCUGAGCACCGUCUAUUCAAAUAUCGCGGUCUGUCUGCUUUCGCCACUCCCGUUGGGCAAAAGCAACGUAUCGGGCUUCUUUCACAAAAUAAGCCUCACGAGAGGACUCACCGCAAGGAAAAACCGAUAGUGCAUGUGACCGAGUCCGACAUUUGUCUCAACAAUGGACUUGAUUUCCAAUACUUUGACAACACCGUUGGUUGUUUUCUAGCAGAUGUCAAAACAAGCCUUAAGACCACAACACUGUGUACAUACCGGCUGCCAAAGCAAAGCUCAUCCCUACAGCAAUUCUUGUUUCGGCCACCCAAAGCACCGAAUGGAUUAUCUCCAAAUACCGUCAUCGCAUCGCAGUUUGCAGCUCCCACCCACAUGCCACUGGAGGAGUACAGGGCUUUGGCACAGCUCCCUUUAGGGCUUGAGAUUCAAUGGCAAAAUAUUCUUCUGGAAUUGUCAGCGCCUUCAGUGGAUUUCAAAAAACCAGAAACAGAGAUUUUCUUCUGUCAAGCUAUCAAUCAGGCGGGUCCCUCGCAGCUUGGAACAUUUCAGAGACAAGGCCAUGCAGUUGUGGAGGAUCCCGUAUUCGCGGCUACUUUGCUAGAACGUAUCCAGGAGGCUGGUGAACGAAUUCGAGAGAACUGGGAGAUGACGCAUGGGCUCAGUAGCCUCAUCUCUCUGGUGUUGAGAGUUUUCUCUCUUUCAUCUUCAAAACACAUCCAGAAUUUGUGUGUGCAUCACCUGAAAGUCUUCCGCCAGACAGCAUUGAGCUGGAUCAUUAUCAUAAGGGAGAAAGUCAGCAAAGCCACGGAUGAUACUCAAAGAACCUGCUUGAGCUUAAAAAACGCUCAUGUUGCACUGGUUUGUGCGGAAACCUUCAAUGCGGAGGACCUGAAACCCAUGUUCUCGGCGCCAUCCGAUCUUGCCAUUUUUGUGCAGUGCUGUAUGAUAAUCUGGAAUGAGCGGACUUCGUUGUCACUUGACACGACUCCAUUGUCCCAAAUUUUGUAUCAUCGCUGGGAAGUUUUGAGCUAUCGUUGCCACUCACUUCUGGCGGAGGAAGUGAUUCAUCAACAAAAUCCAGGCCUGAACCAGGCUAUUCAAGAAUCAUGGGCCGCAUACCGCGCCGAAUCCCAAUGGUCAAAGGCGUCAGAUGAAGCUGGUUACUGGCUAAUGACCCAUUUUAACCCCGGGUUGGCUGAAGAGGUCAUGGCGGUGCAUUAUAACCUGCUAACAGGCGAAUUUCUUGUCGAUGGCCUUCCCCUUGCUCGUUUGCCUUCGGAUUAUCAAUGCCAUAAGACCUAUCGCAGGCUUUUUGGAACAUCGCACUUGGAAGUCAUGCCGAGCAGCUCGCCUGGAAUGCAAUUCUCUUGUCAGAAAGAACACAUGGGCCACGUCGUACAUCUGGGAAAACAAAGAGAACGUGGUUCCAGCGACUUCAACUUGUCUGUAAAGGCAAUGAGUGGUACGGCCAUUUGGGAAUUUGUGCCGUCCAGACUCUUUGCAGGAUUCUUCCCCGAUGCUUUUGUUGAAGAUUGUGUGCACUGGUAUGCAGUCAACGAAGAUCAAGUGGAAUUCAGGCCUGCAAGCAAUCCAUGGCUGUCCUCAAGUCAGAGCUGGGUUUUGCGAAGGAACUCCCCGAAGGAAGAAUGGUACCUGGAGAAGCAAGGAAGUUACCUGGUCAACAUGAAAAGCCACACGGCAAAUUUGAUGUCUAAUAUCUUCGAACCUAUUGAAAAGGUUUCAAAGUUGCAUUGCAUUUUUGGCAAGGAUUCCGAAUCUCUGACAAUCGAGCUGCCACGCCUUCGUUUGGAAUUCAGUCUCCAAUCCCAAUGUUCUGCGGUUCAAUCUCGACAAUACCCCGGCAUGUCAGUGAACAGCAAUCAAUUAUUACGCUGUUUGACUGGGCUUCACAACAAACUCCUCCUGACAAACCACAACACUGAAGACCAAGUGGUCUUGAUUCCCGAAGGACAUCUAUGGUGGACGAAAGCCAAUGACCAUGUGGACGUGAAGAUCGAGUGGCAGCUUGACACCAGGCUUCAUGCAUAUACAGUUGAUGAUCAGCUCGGCUGGCUCGUUGACGACGGGAGUCUUCAGAGCAAGCUUUUCCUGGCUUACUUGCACGCACUCACUUCGUUCUGCCUUGCCGACCCUCUCACCAAGAAGACGGGGACGGAGCAAGCCCUCUCUAUCCUUCGUUCAGCUUCGAUCCGGUCCUUUGAUCAACUUCAACAAGGGCACAUACACCUUCUUGGUCGAAUUGCAUCAAUAACUCCAGAGAGAAAAUAUUACCCUGCCAACGAAAGAGUAAUGCAAGAGGUUUGUUGGCGCAGUGGACUCGGUUCCCUCUCCCAACACAAUGGCUUCUUCGAGGAGGUUGAAAAGAUAUUCGAUCAAGAUCGCCGCACAAGUUUCUUUUACGGUGGAAAUCAAAAAUCCUAUCCGCUGCCCCAUAUGCAACGGGAUCUUUUGAAGCGCGACAAUAUACGGAACUCUUCAUUCCGAGUGACGGGUUACGGCGCGGAGGCUCACACGUCGGGACAUGAUCAACUCUACAAAGGCCUAGACAGUUCCCGUGCAUCUCCGGGGGCUUGCCGGGUAUUCUCUUUGUGCAAGAUGCUCUACAAUGAAGUCCCUUAUAUUCAGCGGCAUCCCACGGAGCAAUUGACUGCCCAUCUCUGGAACUUCCUUUCAAAACCCGAUGCGAUACAUGGCCCCGAGGCUCACUUUGAUCUUGCUAAGAUAGGAUAUGGCGCCGAGUGGGUGAUGAAUUGGAGUGAUUUCGUUGCGGUAAACUGGUGCCGCAUCCAUGGUCUUGUCACCUCUCGCGACCAUCGUCUUGAUAAAUUCAAGCUUAUGAUCUGGCUCUCAACUAUGGCGUUUUCAGAAACUACUGAUAUGGUUGUCUUGGAGACCAUCGCAUCUCUCCGUGUGAUACCUGAGUUGACAUCGAUAUCUCCUCCAAACUGCCUAAAGUUUAAACCAAGCGCUGGUUUUGCGAUGGACACCGUCAAAACCCGUGCUUUGGUUGGAAACACGCACCGAGAGCUACCGCAGACUCCGGAGGGGCUACUUGAACCUACUGCCCACGAAACCUUCAAAUUCUUCAAUUUACGGAGGAAGAACGCCUUGGACAUCAAUCGGAAGAAAGUUUGCGCACAGAUACUACUCCAUUUGGAGAGUCAGUGGCCAACCCGAUCACCUUCAAUGCCUUUUUCCGAGACAGAUCCGAAGAUCGACGAGUAUAUUGAUGUGCAGGAAUUUAUGACUAGAGUUCGCAAGGCAUUCAGGGCUUGGUACGACAAUAAAGAGCUUCGACAAUAUGUCAACGAUCUCGCGGCUCUAAUUUUCUCCCAAGAUGUCCCGAGUAAGGAGCAAUUACAGAUUCCUUUCGUUCGAUGA